AUGCCUAGUCCCUCACGAGAGGCGAACCCUCCACCUACCUCGCUCCCCGCCCCGGGACACAUCGACCUCCAAGUCCCUCCAUCUCCACGAACGCAUCGAGCUCUGCGACGGCUACAAUCUGCUCACACUCUCGGGGCUGCAAGGUCUUCCAACCAGCCGUCUCUUAUUUCACAACAGCGUCGGGACUUGCAGCGGAAUGCCUCACCGACCCGGGACUCAAGAGCUACUCGCUCACCUCAGCGGGCUCGCGCCAACAGUGAUGCUACUUCGCCAUUGAUGCACCAUAUGGGUGCUGUGGCCGGGUUGAAACGCUCCGGCAUGAAGAAGCCCGUUUUUUCACACGGGCACCUGUCACUCCAGCAAAUAUUCCGCGAUGGGCCGAGCGAUGGUGACUUCUUGGGUGCUCUGGAAAGUGCCCGGUGGAAGGUUGUUGAUGAGGGUAUCAAAAGCGCAGAGGAUGGAAUGUCGCCGCUGAGGAUAUACGUUUGGCUAGUUCUUUUGGAAGCUCCCAUCAUGCCCACGGAUGAAUACCUUGGCUUGAUACAUCGCGGUGCUUCGCCGGCAUAUUCAAAAAUUCGCAACGACACCUUCAGAACCCUCACCACCGACCCUCUGUUCCGACGAAGGGUGAGCGAGGCAAGCUUGAUUCGGCUCCUAAAUGCCAUCGCAUGGCGGUUACAUGAUGCGAAGGAGGAGGAGCGGCAGAGCAGUCGACCGAGUAGCAGCCAUUCGACACAUCUCAGACAGAGUCUUGGAGGAAGCAUUUCCGGACAUUCCCAGGCCAAGUCUGGCACCGGCCCGGAACCCGGCACCUACGUACAAGGCAUGAAUGUCCUGGCCGCUCCGUUUUUAUACGCAGCCCGCAGUGAGGCCGAAGCCUUUGUUGCGUUCCACUCGCUCCUGACCAAGGAGUGUCCUGCGUAUAUCCGUGGAGCCAUGGACGGUGUGCAUCGCGGCCUGGCGCUCGUCGAUAAAGUGCUUGCCAUUGUAGACCCGAAGCUCAGCAUGUACCUUACCGCGAAGGGACUCUCGGCUGAGAUUUAUGCGUUUCCUUCCGUCUUGACACUCUGUGCUUGUACGCCACCACUGCCAGAAGUAUUGCGGCUUUGGGACUUUUUAUUUGCAUACGGCCCGCACUUGAACAUCCUAUGUAUCGUGGCACAACUGACCAUAAUGAGGUCGCAGAUUCUCCAGUCUCCCAGUCCAAACAAAGUCCUCAGGUCAUUUCCAGCCUUGAACUCCGACUUGAUCAAGAGCGUCACCAUUGGGAUCAUCAAGAAGAUCCCCGAUGAUGUAUACUCAGAAAUUGCCUCGCACGCAAUGUGA